ACUAGAAAAAGAGCAAAAUGACCUCCUACAACUUGACUGUCCCUUCGGCAAUCGCUUCCAGAGUCAUCCGUUGUCCCGGAGCGUCAAAUGUCUGGUCACAUCGGGCGUUGCCACGCGCAUGAGCAACUUAAAUGUGCAACAGGCCGUGCCCCCCUCUUUCUCGCCACCCUAUCCUGUUCACACGCCAUCCGUCAGCACCGGCAUGGCCGUCGUCAGCACCAGCCUCAGCGCCGGUAUCUUGGGCUGUUUAUCCUCCUCUUCUGCUGCUUCCUCUUCACCGUCCUCGUCUUCAGCCAGUUCACCUUUCACUGCCUUGGCAACCAAUCUUCCAGCUUCCGGACCAUCCGCUUUUCACGGUUAUGUUCUUCCACGGCCUGGCCAGUUGGCCGGCCAAUCGAGCAGCAGACCAUCGGAACCGGACGAGGUCUGCAUGGCAACUGGCUCGGCUGGCAACGGCGAUGAGGCUGGCGGCGGUCAGCUCACCUUGCGCAGCAGUCCGCUUGCUGCGGGAAAGUUUGUCGCCUGCAUUGGGCAGACACAUUCGCAGACAGCGCUGCCUCGUUCCGGCGGUCAGACCGCCUCAGAAGCGGCCGAGGAGGCUGGCGACACCUUCUUCACGCACUCGAACGCGAUGGGUCAUUUGCAUCAUUCGAACUCGGCUAACCGGUCGGCCGGUGUCAGGGAGACGGUGGGAGUUUCGCGCCUCGGUGUGCAGGAGCUCUUCAAUGCCACCGGUGAUGAUACCGAAGUGGCAGGCUAUGAGACGGCCGGAUACCGACUGGGCUGCAACUCGGGCCCUGCCAGAGCCUCGAACGACAAUCAGAAGUCUCAGUCUUCGCUGGUCCCGACACCGGCUACCGCCCAAUACCUCUGUCAGCAACAGGCACACUGUCCGUCACAGCAUUCGUCCAUUAUGCUUGUCAACAAUCAAUCGUCUUUUCCACAACCAGCCACCGGUCGGAAACCGACUGCUCCAUCGUCUCCGCAACGUGGCGACCCGGCGGCUCGACGAUUGGCAUCUGGCUCCGUUGGCUUGCUUUCCGUUCAACCUCACCAAACACACCAUCAUCAUCAUCAUCAUCAACAACAACAACAACAACAACAACAACAACAUCCAAACUGU